UAUAGAUAGAUAAUCCAAAUACACACUUGCUUACGAAAAUCAAGUUUUAAUGCUAUCGUUCCUUUUGUUGCUACUAUCCGCAAGUCAAACUGCUAAAUUUGUUUGUUUCCUUCUAUUAUUUUAGCCAAGGAUAGACCAAGUUAUCCGCAUUUUGGCCCUGAUUUCCCAUCUUGACUAGCUGGUGGUGGCAGUUACACAUAGGGAGAUGGGGAGGGCGCCUUGUUGCGAAAAAGUGGGGUUGAAGAAGGGGAGAUGGACGGCGGAAGAGGAUGUGUUAUUGACCAAGUAUAUUCAAGCUAACGGUGAAGGCUCCUGGAGAUCAUUACCCAAGAAUGCAGGAUUACUGAGGUGUGGGAAGAGUUGCAGACUAAGGUGGAUUAAUUACUUGAGAGCUGACUUGAAAAGGGGAAACUUUACUUCCCAAGAGGAAGAAGUCAUCAUUAACUUGCAUGCUACUUUGGGGAAUAGAUGGUCUUUAAUUGCCAGUUACUUACCAGGAAGAACAGACAACGAGAUUAAGAACUAUUGGAACUCUCAUUUGAGUAGAAAAAUCCAUAGCUUUAGAAGGCCAUUAACUCAAAGCAUGCCAGUCAUCAUGGACCUCACCAAGACGGCCGUGAUUGCUAAGCGGAAAGGAGGUAGAAAUAGCAAAGGGUCGAUGAAGGAAAACAAAAGCCGCAGUACCCAGAAAGAUACUGGAAGUUGUUCAAAUAAACCUACUGAAAACGUUUGUGUUAAUGAAGUUGUGCCAUUCCCAUCCACUCCAUUGUUAGAAAAAGAAACCUUGUCCACUACUGCCAUUGAAGAUCGCAUGGUACUGGAUCAACAUGGAGAAGAUAAGGAGAGAACAACCCAUGUUGUACCCAGUCCUUGUCACGACACCGUUGUUGAAGGAAUGUUGGGCUCAAGCGAGGAGAGAGAGAGCCUGGUCAGUGAGGAAGGAACCAUAGAGAAUUCAAUGCAGUGCCCUAGUGGCAACGCUGAGAAAGGGACUGGUAUUUUAGCACCACAUGAGAGUAUUGAUAGCAGUGAGAUAGAGUGGUUUAAUGAUAUCCUGGAUAGUGAAUUGCUACAGCCAAGUGGGGAUUUGACGUUUACUGAACUAGGAGAGGACAGUGGUAAUGUGAAAACACACACAACUGCAGCUAAUAAUGAGGAAAUAGUGAGUAGGAACUGUAGUGCAGAUAGUGGUGGGGACUUGAGCUCAUGUACUUCAACAACAUUUUACUUUGUUGAUGAUUGGGAGUGGGAAAAUGUUGUUCCAAGAAGUGAGCUUUGGGAUGAGAAGGAAUACAUGUGUUCUUGGCUGUGGGAGCCAAGCGACUAUCAUGGGAAAGGAGAGAGACAUAAAGUGGAUGAUAAUGGCUUUGAGGGGCACAAUCCCAUGAUUGCUGCUAAUGCUUCGCUUUUCUCCUAAUGCUCCUCCUUGUUCCUCCUGCUUUAGUGUCUAGCUACACUUCCAUGUCAAUAUUUUAUCUAGGUAGACGGUGUGAACAUGUCCUGCCGUUUUUUCUUUUUGUUUUACUUUAAGAUUUUGCUUCUCUUUUCAAUUCUGAUGCUUUGUUUUCUUUGUAAACUGAUUUGUGAUGGAAAAAAGAUUGAAGAAAACAUUUUCAA